GCUAGCUACAAAGUAGUGCAUGCAUUGGUAAAGCCAGGUAACAUCAAACCAUGCAAACAGUAGUUGGUGCGAAGAAGAAGAAAGCAUAAGUCCAACGGGUUGGUUUGGGUGCCGAGAAAGAUGACUUCAGAGGAGUUUAGGCACCGUGGGCCUGGCGAUCGUCCUCGAUCGCGAUUUCUUAUGGCGACGACAGGGGCUAUUGCUUUCCUCGCGGCUUGCACGAGAAACCAGCACCAUGGCCUGCCAUUCUUCAAACGUCCUCAACUACACAUCGUCUACGUGUCAGCGUCCCUGGCUGGCUGUGCUCUCUUUGAUAAAAUGGUUUUGUACAAAUUCCUAUACGAUCGCAAGAAGAUGUUGUUUGACACCCAGUCGGAAUAUCCAACGUACUUGUACGGAACCGUGUCUGAAAUUCCCAAGCCGCUGCCGGAUUCCUUCAAGGAGCUGGAUCCGCACAAGCCAUAUUGGUAUCCAUACAAUGUUGAGGGUGAGGCCAGAGAGAAGUACUUCCACAAGACUGGUGGCAAGGACUUGUGGGAAGGUAACAUGGACUUCAUGAAACCCAAGCCUUAGAAAUGUGCUAUUACUGUCCGACUUCUGUACGAAUAUUGACUCGCGGUAAGUGCAACAAGCCUUCUGUCUUUUUUGCUGAGCUCUUGCUGAAUCAUCGCCUUGUACAUACAACUUUAGUUCAUAUUUUGCACUUGUCUAUAAUAAUAAUUAUUAUGUUUGAGUGCCUGUGAAGACUCUCCAAGCUAUCUUCUCGUAGUUCUGUAAAAUUGCUUGUGGAUUUGCUUCUUUAAAAUUGCACACCCACUGCUGUUAGUGUUUUGAUUUUUAAUUUUCUUAUAGGCAAAGCUAAGAUUUUUUGAUCCAGCGGCUUUGGUUUUUGUGGCUGACUCUGUGUCUGCACUGUCGGGAUGUCAGCUGAAUAUUUUUUUGUUUUUUCUCAAUGCGUACAGUACAGUAGUGCGCACCCACUGCAUGAUAAAUCUCUCUUCCCAACUGUGACCGCUAUGCUUGCAGUUCCAUUGUACUUUUGUCAAACUAGUGCAAAUAUUUAUGAGCUAACUACUCCCAGCCAAGGGGAACUUGGUAUGUUUCGUCAA